AUGGGAGAGAGACAAGUGGCAAUACAAGAAGUGCAAGAUCAAGAGGAAGGGGCUGAUGAUGAAGGAAAGAAUGGUGAGAAGUACAACUUUAUCUUCAAGGCAGAUGAUGGGACAGCAAAACACAAAGAAAGGAAAAAGGAGAAGGUCAUACCACAAAAGCAGCAAGCCAGUGAGUCAGUAGCAGUGAGAAGCGUAAAUGAGGUCAGGGGAUUAGAUAAAAUACAGGAAAAAGAGGAGGACAGUAACAAAAACCCUAAGAAGUACAUAGAGAAAGGUGGGCCAAGCAUGAGAAGAAUAGGCAGCACAAAUAGAGGGGCAUGGACUUUCACAAAUCAAAGGCCCAAUAGAAACAGACAACAAAUUAAAAGUGGGCCAACUGAAGAAGAAAGGAACUUCACUAUUGGACAACUAUUGAAAGAGUUCAACAAAAACAUGGCAGAAGAAAAAAGAAAGAGAAAUAAAGAAAGAGAAGAUGAAAAAGGGGUCCAGAACAGGAAUAACAUGGACAUUGAUGGGCAAAUCAAACAGUUCAAGCCAAAAGAACAAGGAUCAGAACAGAGGAACAAGCAAAUAGUCACAGAGAGUGAUGAAGUCUUCUAUUAUGUUGAACUAGCAGAAGAAGAAGAGGAAAUGGAGCAGAAAAAUGGCAACGCAAUUGUAGUGGCUAGAGAAUACGAAACAGAACUUGUUCAAAGAAUGGAGGAAAAGUUGAAGCUUAAAAGAAGAAGGGAAGAGGACCAACAGGAGCAGAUUGAAAACUUUCUGGAAAAAGAAGAGAAAGCUAUGCAGAUGUGGGUAACCAACAAGAAGAACAAAUGGAGCAGAGGCCUAAUAGAAGGUAGAGCGCAUGAGGAAGAGUUAAGGAUCAAAGAAGACUGGGAAGACUCAAUGGCUGAGGAGGCAGGCCUAUACAAGCCCCCAACUCAACCAUGA